AUGGCUUCUUUGCUACUGGAUAGAGUAAUUUCUUACUCAUAUAACUUUACAGAUAAUGAUACAAAUCCAGUCACACCUCCUGAUUUUAGGAAACCUACUUCAGAGGUGGUAACAACACAAUUAUAUACUGCUACUUUGUUGGGUUUAUUUGCUACAAUUUCGUUUUCAGUUCUUUUAAAGAAGUUACCAAGAUUAUAUUCUAGUAGAAGGUAUAAGGAUGACAGUAACUUACGAUUACCUGGUUGGGAUGAAUCUAGUCUCUUUGGUUGGAUGUCUGUUAUCUAUAGGAUAAAAGAGGAUCAAGUUUUGGAAUACGCCGGUUUAGAUGCAUUUGUAUUCUUGGGAUUCUUCAAGAUGUGUAUCAAAUUACUAUUCAUAUGUUGCAUGUUUUCUAUUUGCAUCAUAUCACCUAUAAGAUAUCAUUUAACUGGACGAUAUGAUGAUGGAUCUGAUGAUGAUGGAACUACUAAUUUUAUAAGAACCCUAAUAAAAAAAAAUGACUUCUUCGAGGGACCAACACCUUAUCCAGAGGCUAAAAUGCUCUAUUUAUCGAUGUACAUUGUGUUCACAUAUUUCUUCACCUUCAUAACAAUACGUCUGCUAAUGAAUCAAACUAAAUUAGUUGUUGAUACUAGGCAACAGUAUUUGGGUAAACAGAAUACAAUCGCUGAUAGAACCAUUAGAUUAUCAGGCAUCCCUAUCGAAUUACGUGAAAAGAAUGAGUUGAAAAAUAGAAUUGAAGAAUUGAAAAUAGGGAAAGUUUCCUCAAUAACCAUUUGUAGAGAGUGGGGUCCUUUAAAUAAAUUAUUCCAUUAUAGAGAAAAAGUUUUAAAUCAACUAGAAUUGAAGUAUUCUGAAUGUCCUAGGGAUUUGGCUAGAAGUGAAAGAUAUUCAGAAAAUUACAACCUAAGAAGAAAUCAACAAAGUGAUGUAGUCGAAAAUAAUCCUUCCGCAACAGAUCAAGAUUUAAAUACUUCAGAACAAAGUGCCAAUGAGAUAGAAGAAAAUAUUAUUUAUGAUGAAGUUCAACUUACAGAGAGACCAAAAAUUAAGACAGGUCUAUUUGGAUUAUUAGGAGAGGAUGUUGAUGCGAUUGAACAUCUAGAGAAUCAAUUAAAACUAAUUGACCGUGAGAUUAUUGAUGCCCGUACCAAACAUUAUAGUGCAACACCAACUGCUUUUGUUACUAUGGACUCUGUUGCAAAUGCACAAAUGGCUGCUCAAGCUGUGUUAGAUCCAAGAGUUCAUUAUUUUAUUACUCGACUUGCUCCUGCACCACAUGAUAUCCAAUGGGACAAUGUAUGUCUUUCUAGAAAGGACCGAUUAAUCAAGGGCUAUACUGUCACAAUAUUUAUUGGUUUAUCAAGCUUAUUUUUAAUUAUACCAGUGUCAUACCUUGCUACAUUGUUAAAUCUUAAGACUUUAACUAAAUUUUGGCCAAGCUUAGGUAAAUUUCUAAAUGAUAACAAAUGGGCUCAAAAUAUCGUCACAGGAUUACUGCCAACUUAUUUAUUCACGUUAUUGAAUUUUGCAAUUCCUUACUUCUAUGAAUAUUUGACCUCAUGCCAAGGGUUGGUAUCUCAUAGCGAUGAAGAAAUUUCAUUGGUAUCUAAGAAUUUCUUCUAUAUAUUUGUCAAUUUGUUUUUGGUUUUUACCUUAGCGGGUACUGCUUCUAAUUAUUGGGGUUAUCUAAGUGAUACUACUAAAAUUGCAUACCAGCUAGCUACUUCUAUUAAAGAAUUUUCUUUAUUUUAUGUUGAUUUAAUCAUUUUACAAGGUAUAGGUAUGUUUCCAUUCAAAUUAUUACUGGCAGGUUCAUUAAUAGGGUUUCCAUUAGUUAAAAUUCAAGCCAAGACACCUAGGCAAAGAAAGGAACUUUACAAUCCACCAAUUUUCAAUUUUGGUCUGCAAUUACCUCAACCAAUCUUAAUUUUAAUCAUUACUUUGAUUUAUAGCGUGAUGAGCACUAAAAUUUUGGUUUCUGGACUAGCAUAUUUUGUUAUUGGUUUCUAUGUUUACAAGUAUCAACUAAUAUAUGCCACUGACCAUUUACCACAUUCAACAGGAAAAGUUUGGCCUUUGAUUUUUAGAAGGGUGAUAGUUGGACUGCUACUAUUCCAAUUGACUAUGGCAGGUACUUUGGCAGGGUUUGAGGGUGGAUGGGUUCUGUCAUCUUGGCUAUCGCCUCUACCAUUCAUUACUUUAAGCUUCCUAUACGAUUUUCAAAGAAACUAUUUACCAUUAUCCCAAUAUAUCGCAUUAAGUUCCAUUAGAGAACAUGAAAGGAAUAAUUACACAGAGACAUUCUUGGUAGAAGAAGAAAAUUAUGCAUAUCCAUAUCUAAUCACUGAUCUUGAGGGUCCAAUGUUGAAAUAG